AUGUCCACUCGCUACCACCAAGCUGCUAGUGAUAGCUACCUGGAACUUCUGAAAGAGGCUACCAAGAGAGAUCUGAAUCUUUCCGAUGAAGAUGGCAUGACUCCCACACUCCUGGCAGCCUACCAUGGGAACUUGGAAGCCCUAGAAAUAAUCUGCAGCAGAGGAGGGGAUCCUGAUAGAUGUGACAUCUGGGGAAAUACUCCUUUACACUAUGCAGCCUCCAAUGGUCAUGCCUACUGUGUCUCAUUUCUGAUCAACUUUGGUGCCAACAUCUUUGCCCUGGACAACGAUUUACAGUCUCCACUGGAUGCUGCUGCCAGCAGAGAGCAGAAUGAAUGUGUUGGUCUCUUGGAUAAGGCUGCCACUGCCCAGAACAUCAUGAACCCCAAGAAGGUCACCAGGCUGAAGGAGCAGGCUCAGAAGAAUGCCAGGAGGCAGAUCAAAGAGUGUGAGAGGCUCCAGGAGAAGCACCAAAAUAAGAUGGCCCGCACCUACAACAAGGAGGAAUCUGGGACUCUUUCUUCUUCCAAGGGCACUUUCUCCAGGUCAUCCCUUUCAAAUGUUUCUGCUUCCAACACAUUUGGGUCACUGUCUAAGGGCAUUAAAGACACCUUUAAAAUAAAGUUCAAGAAGAACAAAGAUACAGCAGAGCCGUUAGGGAAGGAGAGAACAAGUGGGCAGAAGAAUGUGAUGGAAGUGUUCAGAGAGGAGGACGAAGACCCCUUCUCAGGGGACUUCAAAGACAAGCUCCAGUUCUCAGUAAAGGCGGACAGCUGUGUGCAACACGAAUCCAUUCUCAACCGUCCAGGUCUAGGAAAUGUUGUUUUUAGAAGGAACAGAAUAUUGAGCCCUGAAGACAUCUCAGACAGCAAGAGGGAGUUGGGGUUGAAAAUGCCCAGUGAAUUGCUUCAGAGACAAGGAGGACCUGAGGCUGAUGAAGAGGGAGCGGAAAACCACCGUGAAGAUGAUCUGCCUUGGGAUGAGGAUGAAGUGGAGUGGGAGGAAGAUGUGGUUGAUGCUACUCCCCUGGAAGUGUUCUUGCUGUCCCACUACCUGGAAGAAUUCCUUCCUGUUUUCAUGAGAGAGCAGAUUGAUCUGGAAGCUCUGCUGCUUUGCUCUGAUGAGGACCUUCAGAGCAUACAGAUGCAGCUGGGUCCCAGGAAGAAAGUCCUUAGUGCCAUAAACAGAAGGAAGCAGGUGCUACAACAGCCUGGGCAGUUGGUCGACACCAGCCUCUGAUGGAGUGUUGGGUCAACUGGGUGAGUCUGCAGCAGUGGGGUGAUGCUGUGGCCCGCUGGAAACAUUUCAGGCAUUACCCACUCUCUACCCAGUACCAGACUACUGGGUUUCUAG